AUGGCCCGAGUCAUUCCUGACAUGAUCUCAAUGAUAUGCCUCGACACUCUAUGGCCUAUAGCAAUCACUAAGUCUCAAAGGUCAUUGUCUGUUAUGACCAUGACCGGAGAUACUGCGGCUGUGUCUAUAGGGGCGGGGAAUCUACCACUUCAUGAGUGGUUCUGGGUCACACCAGGCGUUAAUCCCGUGCUACCUCCUGUCAAAAAUCUGACGCGCAUGAGGAGAGAGAACGCAAUGUACAGCAGCUGA